AAGAAACAUGUUUGCUCGACGUGUCAUAAGCGGUUCAACCGCCCGAGUAGCUUGAGGAUCCAUAUUAAUACGCAUACGGGGGCUACUCCGUUCCGGUGUCCAUUCCCUGGCUGCGGCAGGGAAUUUAAUGUCAACUCCAAUAUGCGUCGUCAUUACCGGAACCAUACC